GAGUCCAAGACCUUCUUCCCCUUUUUCUUCUGUCUAUCUCUUUCUUCUAUCCACUCUCUAUUUUUAGCAAAUUUCAAUUCGGAGAGCGGGACAAAGAUAAAAGCAGUACUCUUUGCUAUUUUUCCCAAAUUUCAACAAUUUUUGUCAGGGGAGGGAGGUUCAUGGUAGGCCCUGCUGAGUAAAUGAUUUGGUCGUUGAGGUGAAGACGAUGGCUUUGGUUACCCAUCAAAUGCAGGGUUCUUAUGUGACUUAUCCCUCUAGGCCUUUGUCAUGGAGCAAAGGGAUGAAGUUGAAGCAGUGUGUAACAACACAUCAAAUGGUCGGGAGGACAGAGAAGUGCUUUAUGCUAAAGCGCAACCUUUGUUUAAGUGUAGGGGCUUCUCUCAUGCGGGGACCAAAAGUUAAACCUUUCAAAGUUUCAGCCUUCAAGGGCAGUGCUCAGAAUGAUAAAUCUGGAGGUAGAACAAAUGGAUCAAAGCUUCCCAAGAAUUCGGUCAAACUAAAAGAGAAUGAGGAUACUAUCACGGGAUCUCCUCAGGCAAAUGAUAUUCCUCUUUCUUAUGCCUCUGAAGCAGAUGAGAGAAAUGCAUCUUCCCCCGUCAUUCAUAAUUUAUUUAAGAAAUGGUUGAGAAUGCUUCGAACACAAUCACCAAGUGAAGUAGAAGAUGGGCUUUUGGGGGAAGAACCGCCUCCAAUGGAGACAUCAGAAACUAAGCAUGAGAUUCAAAACAAGGAAAAUGAUGGGAUUCUAUGGACGGUCUGGUGCAAUUUUCUGGGUCUAAAUGCUACAGUAAAGAUACCCUUACUUAUAUUCAUCCCCAUGUACCUGGCAGUUAAUAUGAUUCAUGGGGCCGAAGUUUCAAAGGAGUUGACGCCUUUGUGGGUUUUAGGACCCCUCAUUGUAGCACUCUACAUCAAGAUGCUUCAGUGGUUGUGUGCACUCUAUGUUUUCAGCUUCAAGCAGACUGUUAAAAUAAUCAAGAAUUUACCCACUUACUACAUGGUGGCCUAUACAUACAUUGCACGUGGGAAGCUUAAAGAGGAAAUACGGACUCGUUUCUGGCAACCUUUACUGAACAUUAAGAACUUAGACUACAAGAAAUUAUCCAGAAGAAAGCUGAAAGCACUGCAAGGGUUGAUAAUCGAGAGAUACCUUGAUUUCGUGGAAUCAAUAUGGCCUUAUUACUGCAGAACAAUCAGAUUCCUAAAGAGGGCUAAUCUCAUUUAGAUGCACCUGAGGAAUGUCUUCUGUGGGAGCAAUGGCUGAAAUCCGGAGUUGCUCCUGAUGAUGGUUUAGAAGUUUGAGUUUCUUUCGAGGAGCCAGCCGACCCCAUUUUAGAUCGGGGUUCUUGAUGUCUAGCUAGCCGAGGAUCAUGACAAGCGGAUUUGUCCGGUUUCUGUAAUUUUUUUCGAGGCAGCAUUCUUAAUUUUUGGAUGAGAUCCCAAUUAUUUUGUUUCUGUACUGUAUUCAGCUGCCACGAAUGUUUUUUCUUGAAAUUCCAAAUUGAGAAAGUAUUUUCAACUUCUGUAGCAAGUCACUUGCUUUCUGGGGUUUGGAUGUUAUCGAACUUGUUCUUUUCUUUCA